AUGUACUUCUCUUCUCACAUUUCUCAAAACAAUUCUAGUCAAAGUGAAGAUAUAUGUUAUUCUAACCUUCUCUUAAUGUAUUCAUGCGUUUAGGCAACAUCAUUGGUUCCAAGGGGUAAGAAGGGGGUGCUGAUUGGGAGUUUAUAUUACCUAAAUUACCCCUUGGAAAACAUAAUAACGGACUUCAAAUACCCUCUCGUUCUACACUCUCUCCCUCUACAAACACUUUCUCUCUCUACAAUGCUCUCGCUAACAGAAUAACGGACUUCAAAUACCCUCUCGUUCUACACUUUCCCUCUCUACAAACACUUUCUCUCUCUACAAUGCUCUUGCUACAAUAAGCUUUGAUGUCUUCAAAAGAAGUUGCAGAUUUCGUGAAAUGUAACAGGACACGUCGUGUGGAUCCUGUUGCACUUGUGUUUUACAAAGAAUCACUUGGUGUUGGUGAAGGGUUGACCGUUUUAUGUGAUGUUUCGUUCAUAAAGUGGUAUUUCUUAAACGAAGGAAACUCUCCUUCUCGUUCACUGGGAAAGCUUUUAGAGGUAGAGCAUUAUAGCUUAGUUACAACAGGAUGUGUUCAAGAAGCUAUGGAUCUUUGGUACAAACUUGAUGGUGACCAUAAAUCUCCAAAAGUGGCUGGUAGGGUUGAAGUAAUGAGAAAUAUGUCGUGUUUUUGCGGUCACAUAGCUGAGUAUAUAAAUCCUAAAGAAUGCAUUGAAGAAGAGUUUAAAGAGCAACAUACUAGGGAGUACUUUUUUGCUAGUGUCGAUAAGGUUCUUAUUGCUAAGAUUAAGAAGCAUGGAACACCUGUUAUCACCGUUUCAAAAGGAAAACUCAUCCUCUUGCAACCGACAAGGGCUGAAAAAAGGCUACUAGAAGUUGCUAAAGAAACACGGAUACAGUGACUUAAUUCUUUUACAUCAGUUUCUCUUCCUACGGUUUGAUGCAGGAAAUACUAAAUCAGUUGCCAUAAAGAAAAUUUGAAGGUGAAUCAACUGAGAAGAAAACUGAGGUGAAAGCUUCAAAUAGGAGGAGGAGGAUGAUUCGUAAAAAGAAGGUUUCUUGGCCCCUAUUCAAGUCCUUUUUCAAGUUAAGGACUCAAAUGAAAGGGAAUCACAGGGGAUUGGUUAAGCAUUGACAGCCUCAUGUCCUAAGGGGUUAUCUUGGUUUUCAAAAUGGCAACCUAUUAUUUCUCAAGGGAAUGAAGUUCUAUAUCACAUUAUGCUAAUGUAACAAUGAAGUCCACUGUUGGAUUCUUAGUAUGCUAGCCAGUUAAGCUUCACCAUCCACUACUUUACUCUAUGACAGUACCAUCCACUACUUUACUCUAUUACAGUCUACUGUGAUAAUGUGCAUCUUUCAAGCACCCAGGUGCAACAUCGAUGUGCAUAUUUGUUUUGUCUUGUCUUGGAAAAGGUUAUAUAUUUUUGAAAUCCUUUCUAGACAAGUUUAACUAAUAUGUAACUAAUUAUCUCGUAAUUAAAACUACAAAAAAAUCUGAGAAUCAACAUGUUAAGCUUU